AUGGAUUGUGCCGUACUGCAGCUUCCGGUCGCCAUACCCUGUGUCGUCAGCUCAGCGCCGCAAGCAACCAUCUCCUGGCUGAAGGAUGACCAGGACCUUCCUGCAGACGACAGAUACUACAUGCUGAAAGAUCAACUGCUUAUUACUGAAGUGAAAGACAGCGAUGCUGGUCUUUACAGAUGCAUAGCAUCUAAUUCCUACGUAAACAAAACCCGCACCAGCCAUGGAGGUCGGCUACACGUGGCACCUCCAGAACCUCAGGACCUGGAGUUCAUGCCCACCUUCGAAGAUCACCAGAUACUUGUACCAGAAGGUGGAGAUGUGGUUCUACCGUGUCCUGUAGCUGGAUGGCCAAGGCCAGCUGAAGUGACCUGGGAGUUGGCGGGAAAACAGCUGUACACUGGCCCAGUGCUCGUCUUAACCAACGUUGAUGAGUCACAAGACGGUGUUUAUACCUGCACUGUACCAGGGCAUGAGGAUUUGAAGAAGAUAUACAACGUGACAGUGACCAGACCUGUCAACAUCACUCUGCCCCCGGUGUCGAAAGAAGCCAUGAGAGCCAGCACCAUCCGCUUCAACUGUACAGCUACUGGCCGACCUGAGCCUAACAUUACUUGGUACAAGGACGGCGUACCAUUGGCUCUUACAGAAAAGAUUGGAUUGUGGAAAGCUGCUUUCCUGAACCCUGGCGAUGAGGAGCGGAUCGAGCUGGUCAUCAACAGCAUCACAUCUAAAGACGCUGGUGUAUACCAAUGCUUCGCAAGCAACAACGUGUCAGUCGCGUCAGCAUGGGCAACGCUCACGGUCACUGGUCCACCAGCAAUCGCCGCUCCUCAAGACAUCACCUGCGCUCCGUUGGGGGCCCAAGAAGUGCUGGUGCGGUGGGCUCCUGUCCCUACUGAUGUAUUGGCUUACACUGUACAUACUACAGCUCAAGAACCUGGUGGAACCGGGAUGCCCUUAGGACCGCCCGUGCAAGACCCUCGUGCCGUGGUCAGCGUGCCUAAAGCGCUCACACCAUACCGCUUUCAAGUUCGAGCGUAUAUCCAGUUUGCGAAGAAUGCAGCUACUGACUUUUCGGAUUUCGUGGUCUGCCAAGGGCAAGGAGUCCCAAUAAAUUUGACCAAAGACGACAAUUCAGUGUUAGUCUCAUGGCAGAAGUUCUCCAAGCAGACUCCUGGAGUGGUGGAGUGGAUCCUGCAGAGCAGAAUGGCAGACGAUCAAGAUGCGAUCACCAAUGUGACUUUAGACGGAGCGGUUACCAAUUAUACCUUGGAUAUUCCUGAAGACGGAGACCUUCAGAUCAGAGUGCUGGGCACCCGGAGCCGGCCCUGGCUGCAGCAGAAUCUGAGCAGCGUACCGUGGCGGUCCUUGGACCUUAGCACUGGUGACGUUCGAGCGACUCCUCGGAACAUCCAAGUGACGAAGAUCACGACACGUGGCUUCACCGUCCAAUGGGAGACUGAUGACCUUGCACCCAGGAAGUACAAGUUCCUAGUCUGUGUUUUGAAGAUCGACGACCCGUCGAGUGAUGACUUGAACUGUCAGCACAGUGACAAGCACUCAGUGACCAUAGAAAACCUCCAACCAGCCAGCGACUACGAGGUGCGUGUGGAGACCCAGCUGCAAGACCUGGAGGCUGUGGAGGCUCAGCUGCCGUAUCGCGUCUCUACGUUGGCUGCGGAGGACGCAAAGUUGAUCUACAAAUACAUCAACACCACGACUGUACGAGUGUCAUGGAACGGGGUCGGGCGGUACACCGUGCGACACAGGCAGAAACUGGGACCGCUGGGCGACUGGUCUACGGUCAACACUGAUGGCAACACCGUACUCCUGACCGGGCUGGACCCGAACUCUGAGACUUACGUGGAGGUGAUCAGUAAUGAAGCAAAGCCGGGAGUGACACUAUCACCAUCCCACCACAAAUUAAGGAUCUUGAUGCCAAGGACCUAUCAUACGUAUACACAAGCAGGUAUCACGGUGUCGUGGGUCGGCACUGGCCCUAGGGUGGUCAAAUUCGCGCAGAACAUCACGCAACCGCUCGAGAAGUGGCACGUUGUCAAUGUCACCGAAAACCAUGUUCAGCUUGCGGGGUUAGACUUGUCACUGCCGACAUACGUGACAGUGACAGCACAGGGCACGGGACAAGUGCUGACCAUCCCCCCAGCGCCAGAGCAGCCCUCUAUCGCCGUAGGCGUGGGCAUUGGGUGCGCGGCGUGCGUACUCCUUCUCCUAGCGGCGGCGGCUCUGCUGGUGUGGCGGCGGAGGAAAAUGGCCGCCUCUCCUGUCAGAUCGCGGAGAAGGACCAUGUCUCCUAUUGAGGGACCUGAAGGAGAGAGCUCGGAAAUGAAGAAUAUCGGAGGUCGUCUAGCGAACGGUGGCGCCGCGGGGGAACCGCUUCUCAACGGCCACGUUCACAUCACAGAGAACCCCACGUCGAAAACCCCAAACGGUAAGAUGAAGAAGCCCCGAUACGAGCCGUUCGACGUGUCGCGACACGAUGCCGACACGACACUGGAGACCGUGCUCGAGCCCGACGCCUCCGCCUCCUACCUCCUCGACACCUCCAGGCGACCAGACUUCGACACCUCCAGAUCCUCAAGAGAUCUCUCAACUAACAACUCCUUUAAUAAACUCCCCGACGAUAACAUGAACUCCGAAAUCACUCGGAGCUCAGAAUUCACACUAGACAACAGCAAAAUCCAACCCACGCUUCAACCCAACGGUUGAGACCCCCCUCCGCCCCCACCCUCGAAUUACACAGGGAUAGGCGAUCCCUCCGGCCUCCGAGCCGCAAGGCUGGAGACGUUAGGAAAGCGCGAGGAUAGCUUGGCGUGUUUUGUUCCUAAUAGACUUUAUUUUUAACGACAAAGGCUGAUUUUUGAUAACGAGUACGAGUACAAAGUAUAAUUUAUCGGUUGCAAGCGCGGAGCCAUCCUCGCGCUCCGUACUGUAAAUAUAGCCCGUAUUGGCGUGUAUAUAUUUAAAUCGGCCUGAGAUUAUUCGGAAACAGCGUCGAGACAAUAAUACGGCCGUGGCGCCCUCUAUGUCUAGAAAUACAGUGCCUCUGACACCGGACUUCUGUCUAAUAGCCUAUUUUCACCGUUAGUGCAACGUAAUCGUACAAAAUAUAGACCAAAAUGAAAUCCAAACACCCACUGUAGUACCUAAAUUCACGUG